AGGUUAAUAGGCAAUAAUGCGUGCUUGGAUGCUUAUCCCCUUCGUUCUGAUGCUCACAGUCAUGUGCUUCACCAUGGCAGAGCCAGUACCUGUAGAUGCGGCAGAAGCGGACUCAGACGUCAGCAGCAUUGUCCGCCAAAAGAGACAAUUUCUGUAUGGAUACCCCAGCUACAGAACGUAUACAUAUUAUGCAUACCCCAGCUACAGCUAUUAUCCUUCCUACUUUGUGUGGUAUUAAAUGAGGAUAACGCAUAUGACACACUCAUCAUAUACUAUAUCUUUUUCACAUCUAUCC